AUGGUGGAGCUCCCGCUGCCCCCCUUCCGUCUGCCCUCUCCAGGCUUCUACUUACUCGGUGCCUUUACUGCCUUAUACCUUGCUGAUGAAACCAUGUAUUGCAUGACAUCGCUGUUGCUCAUCUUUUCUGGUAGUGCUCACCAGUUGAGCUUUGGCUGCACAUCUCAGUUGGAUUCAAAGUGGGGAUCUACACCUCUUUUUGCCGCUCAUUGUUUCUUUGCGGAUUUCUUAAGCAUGGAGGGCCCCGCUGGGCAGGAGGCUAUCGUGACCCCGUGGACAGUAGAGGGUGACGUGGACUACGACAAGCUCAUCAAGCACUUUGGCUGCCAGGCGAUUGACGAGAGGGUGCUGGAUCGGAUAGAGCGUCUGACCGGGACGAAGCCUCACCAUUUUCUGCGCCGUGGCAUCUUCUUUUCUCAUCGUGAUUUGAACCUCAUCCUGGAUGCAUACGAGAAGGGGGAGCCGUUCUACCUGUACACUGGGCGUGGGCCCAGCAGCGAGUCGAUGCACAUUGGGCAUCUGAUCCCUUUCAUGUUCACCAAGUGGCUGCAGGAUACCUUUCAGGUGCCGCUGGUGAUUCAGCUCACCGAUGACGAGAAGUUCUUCUUCAAAGAUGUGACGUUAGAGGAAAUUGACAAAAUGACGACGGAGAACUUGAAGGACAUUAUUGCCUUCGGCUUCGACCCAAAUCUGACGUUUAUCUUCAGAGACUUCGAGUACGUUGGCAAAAUGUAUCGCAUUGUUGCGCGCGUCGAGAAGGCUUACACGGCUAGCCAGGUGCGGGGCUGCUUCGGCUUCAAAAUGGAGGAUAACUGCGGCCGCUGGAUGUUCCCCGCCAUUCAGGCCGCGCCGUCCUUCUCUGCAGCGUUUCCGCACAUUUUUCCGCUAGGGAAGGGCAAUGUCUUUUGUAUGAUUCCUCAGGCGAUUGAUCAAGACCCGUACUUCCGCCUUACGCGCGAUGUGGCGCCACGCAUGGGCUUUUUGAAGCCAGCCGUCAUCCACUCCAAAUUCUUUCCGGGUCUUAGUGGGUCGAAGGGCAAGAUGAGCUCCUCUACAGGUGCUGCGGUCUUUCUGACGGACACCCCAAAGAUGAUCAAGGACAAGAUCAGCAAGCAUGCCUUCAGCGGUGGUGGUGCCGAUAAGAAGGAGCAGCUGCUACUUGGCGCGAACACUAACGUGGACAUACCUGUGCAGUGGCUCCGCUUCUUCCUUGAGGAUGACGAGGAGUUGAAGCGCCUCCAGAAGGACUACAUGUUGGGCCGCAUCAUGACCGGUGACGUGAAGAAAGUCCUCAUCCAAACCCUCACCAACAUCGUGACGACGCACCAGGAGGCGCGCAAGAGGGUGACGGAUGCGGAUGCGGAACUCUUCACUGCCGUCCGCUUGAUGGGACCAGCGAAGGAGGCAGCGGAGUCGAAGUAA